AUGGCAACUUUAGACGUACACAACAUAUCCGGGGCUGUUCUCCGGGAAAAAGAAUUAGCCGAGGCAUUCACCGAUGCUGAAGUGAAUGGUCCUGUCAUUCACCAGUGUGUCGUUGCUUACCUCGCGAAUCAGAGGCAAGGCACUGCAUCAACAAAAACCCGGAGUGAAGUGAAAGGCAGUGGGAGAAAACUGUACCGCCAAAAAGGAACGGGUAGAGCUCGUGUCGGGGAUGCCAAGUCUCCAAUUCGAGUACACGGUGGUGUAGCGUUUGGACCGAAACCGCGUAGUUACCGGCAAGCCACCCCGAAACGGCUUCGCCAGCUUGGACUUCACAGCGCACUGGCAGACAGGUUUCAGAAUCAGCAGUGCAUUCUUGUUGAAGAUUUCACGCUUGAGCACCCACGUACCAAAGACAUAGUUAAGAUGUUAGAGGCGGUGAAUGCGGAAGGAAAAGUGCUGUUUGUUCUCAAUGAACACAGCCUGAAUAUUCACCUCUCUGUCCGGAAUAUACCGCAAGUUAACAGUUGCACAUGGGACAACAUCAACAUUUAUCAGGUCAUGUGGCAUGACACGCUGAUAAUCACCGAGAAUGCUGCUGAGAAGUUGGAAUCCAAAUUUGUUAGCAUCAGUUCAGAUAAAGAAGGAUAA